CUUUAGCUCUUGAAUCUCUUCCGUGAGCGCCCCACUAAAUUACUCUGGAGCCAAAGUCUACUGCAACAGUAUUCGAUGACCAUAGCGUCCCACACACAUUUACCAUCAUCAGCUUGACCUAGGACUCUGGAAGUCUUCGGGCGCCUUCGGAGGUGACAUCCGCGCAAGUGCAACGCGGCUACCGAUGGCUUCCAUUCGUACAGACUCGGUCUCACCAUUCUCGAUCUACGAAGAGCACAAUAGAUUCGACCAAGCAGCCGGCACCGGCAUGAGCGUGAAUGAUUCUACGGUGCCAAACUAUGACUGCGACGUACCACUUGCUAGCAUUGAGAAUGACGCGCCCCUCUCUCAUGUUGGUCACACGUCAAAGGACAAGAAGAAAAAGAGAUUGUCAAAUGCCACAGUAUCCUCAGUAUCGUCUUUUCCUUCCGAAAUUACCUCAGAAGAACUGGAUCAGGAUCUACAUGCGACCUUGAAGCAAUACACACCGAUGCGGUCGCGGCCUGCGUUCAGGAACACCUCGUCUGUCAAAGCAAUGCAAAUGUCAAGCCCUCUCCCUAGCUUACCUUCCUCUCCGCCUCAUAUGCAGCAACCCCAUCACCUAGCGACUCCGAUCAGGCGCUCGGAAACCCCACGGUCUCAAAGAUCUCAGUCGAUACGAUCAGACAGACAACUUGAGCGGAGAUACGAGAGCGCGCACCAGACCCCGGUCUACGAGACACCGAAACGCGAUUAUCCUCUAGUCCUCCUUCAUGUUACGCUGCUACCUCCCUCUUUGCCAUACUCUGCCCAUAUCCUCGAGUCGGUGUUGCCGGGUUGGCUGUUAGAGAACUUCAGGCUGUUGGAGAAUAGAUUGGAAGAUUCGACCCUGAUGGGUAGAGGGCUGUUGAUCCCGCAUCCCAGACACGAAUAUGAACUUCUAGAAGAGAGGCUACUGGAGAGUCUCGACUUAGCCCCUCCACGGCUGCUCAAGAGUGGACACUUUAAUCGCCAUCGAAGUAGUAGCUGUGCGUCAUCUAUCAGCUAUGAUCCAUUUGAAGAUGACGAUGAUGGUUGUGCAACGGCGAGAGGGAGCAAUUCCGGGUCUGACAUGGAGGAAGAUCUAGAUGAUGAUGUAUGUCCGGAUUGCUCGCAGCCAAUGGGCUCGCCGAGCAAGGGAGCAGGAAUUGGGAAGCGGAGGUGGGAUGUUAGAAUCUAUGCAGCAAAUGGACUGAUGCGUUCGGGCGCGUGGAGUGCCGCUUGGAUGGAGAUGGAAAGAGUCGACGUUGAAGUGUUACCCUGGAUACCCGAAGACCUGAAGAAAAAGCUGGAGCGGGAGAUGAAAAGUGAAGAGAACAGGAGAGGUUUGCAGAAAGAGAUCGGUACUAGCAUCAGGCACGGGAUUCCUACACCACCGGCCUCAGAGGGAGCGCAUUCACGACAGCAAUCAGAUGUUGCGAUGGACGCAAGUCAAAUAUUACGAGAGCCACAAGUUCCAUCCUCUGCACCAAAGACUGUUUCUUUCGAUACGGACAGGCCUGCACUUCCCAGGAAGUGUAGCAACAAGGAGGUACCUCUGGCUGCUGCACUCCUCAACUACUUCUACCUUCUGGCACAAGAUACUCGGAACCUUAUGGUCAUUGGACUUAGCCUAGUCGUCCUGUUCCUCUGCAUCAGGCCCUCUCCAGCCCCAGUCUUCGAUCGUGGACUCCCCAGUAUGAGGCAUUUCACGUCUAGCAUUGAAAAUGCUAUACCUGUCACAGAAACGGUGAUCGCUCUGGAGACUGUGACUGCCACCGAGACGGUUAGCCAGACAGUGGUCCAGACUCUGUUCACCGCCAAAGAAGUUCCUCCCCUUGCUACAGGUAUCUCUGACGCUGUUAUCGAGAAAGUUGUUUCCACCGUUACAGACACUGCAGUCUCCACUUUUAGAGAAGCUCUUCCCGCCGCUACAGAUGUUUUAGAAAUUCCCGUUCGCCGUAACAUUUCCUUAGAAACUCCCGUUCGCCGUAACAUUUCCGUGGAACCUCUUGACUCUCGCAUGGGUAACACCAAGUCAUCGCCGUCUUUCGAGACUGAGAAGUCUGAAGAAGGCGCCGCCACCAGUAUUCAUAUGAAUCAAUUCUGUAAAGCCGACCAGGGACCUGUCCGCCACAUCAAUAAUUUAAAACUGGGCCGCUGUGACGCUUGAGCCCACGAAUCGAUGAACCCGAGAUUGCGUUCCCUGGUAGAGGACUCUCGUCCCGGAAGCACUUUCUCGAUGCGAUAGGACGUGGAUAUCUUGACGAAUUGACGAAUAUGAAUGAUGGAUGCUAGUUAACGGCAGUGAUGUCUUGCAUUUAGAUAGCAUGAUGGCCACUUUUGUAAUGACGACCGACCAUGGUCGUAGGCAUUGAGCGAAGCCAGCAGAGCAACGCACGAAUGGGAUGAGCGUUUCAUAGCAUAGUAUGGCAUGAUACUUAAAGAAGAAUUCUUUUUUGUGGC